AUCAUAUUCUGGCCUACGCUAAAUAGAAGUAGUCCUCUAAUAUAACUUUUAAUGGCUAUUUCCAUUGGUUUUUGUUCUUAUUGUAGGUGUAAAAUGGUAUUCUAAGGGUUGCAGGAGAUUUAUUGUGACAUUAUUUGACCUGUUUGAAGCCGAAUUGAGGGGAAUCACCCCUCAGCGUAGUGAUAAGCCGACGCCCAGGAAGUUGAUUACUCGGUGACCCCGAUGUCUACACGAUGUCGACUGCGAUUUUCUGCUGCCCAAAACAGAAUCUAAAAUCAACGUUUAAUUAAAGAAAAGGAGUAUUUUUUAACGAUUUAUUUCGGUGCUCGGAUGAGAGAUAAAGAGAUGACGGAGGAGGAGGCCGUGUUAGUAGUCGCUAAAUGGGACUAUGACUCAAAGCAAGACGAGGAGCUGAGCAUCAAACGAAACGAGAAGCUCAAGCUGAUCGACGAUUCAAGAUCAUGGUGGAAGGUAGAGAAACAGAACGGCCGAUGUGGCUAUGUCCCUUCGAACUACGUGAAGCGAGACAAGCUAGGCCUCGUGGAACGAAUCCGCAAGGGGAUCUCGGCAAAGCGUGGAGGGAAACCAGUGACACGUCCGAUCUCGCCGCGGAACAGCGAAAGCCCACAUCCGCACACGGCACAGCCGGGAAACGAAAUGCCAUUCUCGCAACCCGCGAGGGUCAUGUACCACUACAAAGCCGCACAGGAGGACGAACUCAACCUGAACAAAGGUGAACAAGUGAACGUUCUUGAGAAGUCUGGGGACGGGUGGUGGCGCGGAGAGUGCAAUGGAGAAAAGGGGUGGUUCCCUUCAAAUUACGUGAGUGAAGAUGACACAAGUAUGCCAAACAGUCAUGGUUCCAGCACGAGUUCGAAGGGCGACGACAACUCCAUCCCGGACGAUUUUGUGCUGGGUGUUACAACUCUGUACGCAUUCAAGGGACGAACUGACGAAGAGUUAAACUUUGACGCCAGCGAGCUACUGGACAUUAUAUCAAAUCCCUCUGACGAUCAGGACUGGUGGAAAGCACGCAACAAGCUCGGUACGGUCGGACUAGUUCCCAGCAACUAUGUGAAGGUUGUAGAGAACGCGGACCCUGUGUGCCCAACAAAAUUCUUUAUUGAGGACGCUGUACCCCCCAAACCCAUCGAAAUGCAUGACGAGGACAACAGCUUUACCCCGUCGUCCUCCGUUGGAUUUUACGAUAGGGAUUGGUUCCACGGAAGAAUUACGAGACAGGAUUCAGAAAAGAUUCUCGGUUGUCCAGGAGAAAGUGGACUAUUCCUCAUACGAGAAAGUGAAACAAUGCCCGGUGACUUUGCUGUAUCUGUUAAGGCUCCAGAGAGGGUGAAGCAUUUCAAAGUGACACGGUCAGAUAAGAAGUUCUGCAUCGGUCAACGAAAGUUUGAGUCUUUAGACGACCUCGUAGACCACUACAAACGCUCGCCCAUAUUCAGCUCGGACGACGGGGAACUCAAGCUGUAUUUAACGCGGCCUAAUCAAAGAAAUUAACAUUGCAAGUGGUUUGAAUAUUUUGCGAUGGACGCUGAAAAAUACCCUAGCAUGAACUGAAAAUUAACUGCCUGGGUAUGCAUGAAAAGUUUUAUCUGCCUGCAGAGGGUCUCAUUUCUAUGUGUGAGAAUAAACAAGAGAGAGAGAGUGUUUGUGUAAAGGUGAGAGGGAGACAGAGAGAGAGAGAGGAGAGAGAGAGUGUGUGUUUGUGUAAAUGUGAGAGAGAGAGGAGAGAAAGAGAAAGAAAAGCACAGAAUAGAGACAAUGUGAGAAUGAACAAGACUGGUCCCAACUGUGAACCUUGGGGCACUCACUGUGAUAUGAUAUACAACAGUGAAGCUGAAACGUACAUGUCCUUGCAAAGAACCACAUGAAGUAUGUAUUACAUGUACUGGUAGCUCGUUGACUGUUGGUUAUUAAACAGCAAUGGCCUUCUUUCUGAUGACAUCUUGCUGAAAGCAUGGUUAGAUAAUAAGCUGCAUACACUGGCUGUGCAAUCGCUGCAGGACUUGACUGAUCAGAGAAUGAAGUGCCGUUGAGGAUCAUCAAACUCGUCUUGUCAAUGUUGUUUCAGACCUUCAAGGAAACGACAGAUGGGAAGCUAAUCUUCAUCGUGGAAUCGAGUUAUUAUUGUCUGAGAUCUUCCCUGGAAGAAGAAUAAGUAUUAACUAUCGUAUUUGAAUUCAUACGAUAAAGACUAAAGGAUAUCCUUAAUGGGUAUACAUGUAGGUUAAACUUAACCAACAUCCUCUUGUUUUGGUCACUGCGCUUCAUUUCGAUGUAAUUUCACUUUCUUUUACGAUAUGAUCUCUUCAAUGAAUUUACACUCUCUUAAAAGGAUCGAAAAAACUAGAUACUCAAGAAUUUGUUUCUUCAUAGAUUAUUAUCAUUAUUAUGUCUAUCGUGCUAUUCAAUCUGUGCCUGUGAGGGGAAAAGCCAACUGAAUCACUGUAUCCUUCUGGUCUCUCCUGCUUUCUACACUGUUCUAAGCGGAACUUCUGUGCGUUCUCAAUGUUUGUAGCUUCGAUACAAUAAGAUUUCCUUUCUUCAGUUUUGUCCAGGGUCAUGAAAUACGUUGUGUAUUUGUGGUUUCAAAGUAGGAACACUGCCAGAUACUAUGCUUUGUAUGUUGUGCCUCCUCAAUUUUUUAUUUUAUUUUUGUUUACAUCGAACUAUGUUUUAUAAAGCAUUUGUAUUUUGUUAUAAAAACUGCAUAUCUUGGUUAUAAUAUUUUUUCAGUUCAAUUGUCAUUUCAGCAUGUACAAGUUUGUGUGUUGCAAAAGCUCCCAUAGAAAUUUCUCCUAUAGUACAGUGUCUAAGAACAGUUACAAAUGAGCCCAUAUACAUGCAUAAAGGAUAGUUCUUUGUAACACUGGUCAAGUUUAUAAAGAAGAUAUGGGAAGAAAAGUAUUUUUGUUUACAAUAUAUCUUGGAGUCAAUUGAUUCUAUGUUGUCUUGUUUCUAAUCAAAAUUUACUUGUCCUUCUCUUUUCCCUUACAAUGAAUACUUAAAGAUAAUCUUGAGUUCUGGUAAUGUUCGAAAAUAAAUUCUCACAGAAUCCAGCAAAACUUACAGUUGAAUGUUCAAGAUUACAAAUAAAUGACAUGUGUCUAACGAUUAUGGUAGAAAAUGUAUAGGGGCUGAGUAAUAAGCAUAUAAAAAUGAUUUCCAGCAAGUUUGUUGUGAGGUUUUUUUUUUAUUUUACUGGCACUAACAAUCAAUCUACUGCAUAAUAAACAAUCCAGAAUGAAUUAUAGCCAUGUUUUUUCAACAUACGAUGCCUAUACCAGAGCUCAAGCUCAUCUUCAAGUGCUAAACGUUAUUUGUAAACAUCCUUCAUUAUUUUUAUUUUGUUGUUGGUACUCAGAAUAUCCAAUUAUUUACUCAUCGACGUGACAGUGUCAGUUAAUAAGGAAAUGAAUUGUAAGUUUCAAUAACAUCAUCAAUUUCUUUGAAUUGUUUUUUUCUUCUCUCUUUUUCCCCCCUUUUCUUUUUGGCAAGUGUUCAAUCCUGUUCAUGGUUAGUCUCUGGCAUUAUUGCCAUGGCAACAACCAAGCUUGCCCGAAAACAUCUGUGAUGUUUGACAUUUAACGGUUAUAUAAAUGCCUCCCUUCUAAUGAUUCACACUGAAUUAUGGAGGUUAUCUGGUGUGGAGGGAGGCCAUAAAUGAUUGUCAAAACUGAAUUGAGAAAGAUAUUCAAUAGUCAUGGUGUUAAAUGUAUUAAAAGAAUAGGAGAAAUGUGGUGAAUGAACUUUUAAAGGAACCUAUUGGAGGUUUGUUAUUUAGGAGAGCUAACUUUCGGUCCCAGUCAUGCAAUUUUUUCCAAUUUGCCAUGGUCUGAAAUUGCUGACUCUAACUGUGGAUAAGGUACAACCCCAAAACAGAACAAGGCUGGUAACAUUUUGGCUUCAUAGUAAUAAGCAAAUAUCCAUGUUAAAAAAAUAGUUUGUGCUAAGUUUAUAUCAUUGAUACAGUCCUCAAAGUUAUCAACAUUAUGUAUUGAUGUAGACUGACAAUAUUUUUACCUUUUUUUCUGAUGUUUAUUUCAAACAAACACAUGUACCGGUACUUUUAACAAAUAACGGAUGGAUUUAAGAUUCAAAUUGUUGAUAAAUUAUCAUUCUUUUCUUUAUAUGUGCAACUCAAUUUAUGUUCUUGAAUGCUUGCAAAAAAUGGAAUAAUCACUGUUCACAAAUAAAAGGCAGUUGAUGAUUAUUUUAGUUGGCUGUAUCUCCAAUUUUAUUAUGAUUUUAAAAAAUUGCUAAUUUAAAGCUAUUAUAAAUGCAUUUGUUACUACAAGUUUGCUGCCUAAUAAAGACACAGAGUCUACUGCAUAGGAAAUUGGGAUACCGGUA